CCCAGCCUGCCCUAGAAAGUCAACAGCACCUAGCGUUCUGUCUACUUGCUAUAGUCAAAACCUCGCUCAAGUAAACAUUGUUCACUACGUCGCGAACUUGUUGACCCCUGUACGGAACUCAGCCCACUAUUCCAGCCUUUUCUGCACCAUCCAAGCACCGGCCUCGACAAUGGCGCCCCCAACUCCGCUCGCCAUCGCAACACAAGCAGUUAACCGCUUGGUCAAGGAGGAAUCCUACUACCACAAGGAGCAAGCCAAUCAAGAGAAGCGCAUCAAGAAGUUGGAAGAAGACAUCCAGAACAACAGUCCGGAGCUAGAUAGCAACGCCGAGUACAUCCUCAAGCAAGAGAAAACUGCCUUGGAAGAGACCAAGGCCGUGUUUGGGCCGCUGAGGAAGCGCAUCGCGGACGCCGUGCAGAAGUUGGAGGAGCAGAUUGCCAUCUCGGAGAGCGACGGUACGGGAUCGGAGGAGGAGCUGGAGAAGGCAAAAGCCGCGCUUGAGUCGGGACAGAAGGUUGCUCAGGCGACAGAGUCGUCAUGAGCCAUGCAGGACUGUCUCGACUUAUGGGAUGCAUAUUGCAUAUUCGCUGGCAGGCAAUAAUCUUAUGAUGGCUAC